AGUUCAUGGGGCGGGUGUACCUGAGUAUUCUGACCCGUCCCCUGGGUGCAGCAAUGGGCAGGGCCUGUUAGACUGGUUGGCAGUGACUCCCUGCCUCUUCAGGGCACUCCCUGAUUGCAGGAGGGGGCAGGGCGCGCAUCUAGGAUGUUGAUAUCCUGAACCGUGCGGGGCCCAGCACCAUCUACAGCCGGCUCCCCAGGUUUGAGAAGAAUGAAUGCUGCCAAUGAGGAGCCUCUGGGUGUUUACUAUCGGGAGUACACGGUAUUCCUGGAAAGUGGGUAUUCUGCUUCAAACAGCUCGUAUCCCGGUCAGGAAGAUAAUGGCACUACUUUGGAAAAGCUCUUGGAGGAGUGGGCAGUUCCCACAACCAAUAGUUUGAACGAGAGUGAAUCGGAGGAGGUGUUCCAGACGAUGAUUAACCCCAAUGAGGUUCUGAGCAGCUCAGUGAACACAAUCGAAGGAGCGUCAGAGACUGACAGUGGGAUUUCAGAUGACCACCGUCCAGAGAGCCCCCAGCCGAGUGAGUCGGGGCCUGAUCCUGGGGCAGGGCCCAGUGGACUCUGUCAGCUUGUGUAUGGAGUCAGCAACAUCAAAUCCCAGAGAGCAGCCAGCAACACCGACCUCGUCUCCGUUGAGCUCGGGGGCUGGAAUACCACAGUGAUCGUUCCAGAGGCCUGUGUUGUGGAUACUGCCCCUGGCUCCGUGAAGAGGACACUCAGUGUGACAGACAGUGACAGUGAAGUCACUGACUGCCUCAUAGGGGUAGGUAGGAGAAGGUGCAGAAAAGCAGAUACAACCCAAAACACACAGUGCCAACACAACCAUCAGACAGCCUGCCUAACAGUCAGCAACACACCCACCCACACCACCCACUGCUCAAUACGGCAGAGAGAGAGGGACCUAUACCCCACUGACGGUCAGCACCUUCGGGAGAGGAGGGAGACCCCGUACCCCAGUGAGAGUCAGCACCUUCAGGAGAGGAGGGGGACCCCGUAUCCCAGUGAGGGUCAGCACCUUCGGGAGAGGAGGGAGACCUCGUAACCCAGUGAGAGUCAGCACCUUGAGGAGAGGAGGGAGACCUCGUAACCCAGUGAGAGUCAGCACCUUCAGGAGAGGAGGGGGACCCCGUACCCCAGUGAGGGUCAGCACCUUCAGGAGAGGAGGGGGACCCCGUAUCCCAGUGAGGGUCAGCACCUUCGGGAGAGGAGGGAGACCUCGUAACCCAGUGAGAGUCAGCACCUUGAGGAGAGGAGGGAGACCUCGUAACCCAGUGAGAGUCAGCACCUUCAGGAGA